AUUCCCGGGCUAUCUUCAAAAGAAGCCGCACAUGUGGUCUCGAUAACGGCACGAUUGGACGGACUCUGGCUCACAGGUAGGGUAUUUAAGGAGCGGGGCACCCUGCCACAAGAGCGUUGGGGCCUGCACGAACCCCGCGAUGAUGUCUUUAUGGCUGGUCCUGUCGGCCGCCGUUUCACUGGUCGGUGCUCUUUGGCCGUUACCUCAGAAUCUCACCCAGGGCAACACCGCUCUACGCCUCUCUGGGAACUUCGACAUCACGAUCUCGCCCGGCAUCUCUGAACCUCCUCAAGACUUAUACGAUGCUAUCUCCCGAACAAGGUCCCAUCUGUUCACCGACGAUUUGGGAAGACUUGUUGUGGGUCGUGGAGCAGGCGACGUCAGUACAUUCGAGACGGCGGCUUACUUGUCUAGCUUGACGCUGUCUCUGGAACCUGGUUCUUCCGUCCUGUCAAUCACUGCCGAAGCUCAAAAGCCCUUGGAGGAGAGGGACGAAGCGUACACCCUGACCGUUCCGUCUAAUGGCAGUGUCGCGUCAAUCACGGCGACUUCUACGCUUGGACUCCUCAGAGGGCUAACAACCUUCGAACAACUGUGGUACGAAUAUGAUGGGACCAUCUACGCCGUGAACACGCCUAUUCAAAUUGAGGAUGUGCCUGCAUACCCAUAUCGUGGUCUGAUGCUAGACACAGCACGUAACUAUUUCCCGGUAUCCGACAUACUACGGACGCUGGACACGAUGAGUUUGGUCAAGAUCAAUGAAUUCAACUGGCACAUUUCCGACAGCCAGAGCUUUCCUCUGCAGAUUCCGGGGUACAUGGAACUCUCCGAGUAUGGCGCAUACUCGCCACAGAUGAUCUACAGUCCGAAUGACGUCGAGUAUAUCGUGUCGUACGCAGGCGCGCGAGGUAUCGACGUAAUGGUUGAAGUCGACACGCCGGGGCAUACUUCCAUCAUAGGGGAAUCUCAUCCGGAAUUCAUUGCUUGCUACUUGGCUCGCCCCUGGGCGUCGUAUGCCGGAGAGCCACCCGCCGGCCAGCUCCGUUUCGCCAAUGCGACGGUCGCGAACUGGAGUGCGGAACUGUUCACGGCAGUCGCGCAAAUGUUUCCGUCAUCGAUGGUCAGCACGGGCGGCGAUGAGAUUCAGACGUACUGUUACGACAUGGACGAGGAGACCCAGUAUGACCUGAAUAGCACCGGCCGGACAUUCAACGAGGCGUUGACGGAUUACGUUCGUGGGACGCAUGGCGCGCUCGCUGCUGCUGGGAAGACACCUGCUGUCUGGGAAGAGAUGGUGCUCGACUACAACCUGUCCCUUUCAUCCGAUACGCUUGUCCUCGUUUGGAUAUCCUCGGACGAUGUCAAGGCAGUGGUGGACCAAGGCUUCAGGGUCAUUCACGCGGCAUCCAACUACUUCUACCUUGACUGCGGUGCAGGCGAGUGGGUCGGUGGCGACCCGACUGGCAACAGCUGGUGCGACCCCUUCAAGACCUGGCAAUACGCCUACACGUUCGAUCCCCUCGCCAACCUGACAUCCGACCAGUACUCCCAGAUCAUGGGCGGUCAGCAAUUGCUUUGGACCGAACAAUCAGGGCCCGAUAACCUCGACCCGAUAAUUUGGCCUCGCGCUGCCGCCUCCGCUGAGGUGUUCUGGAGCGGCGCGGGUGGCAACGUCACAGCUGCGCUGCCACGCUUACACGACGUAUCGUUCCGGAUGCAACAGCGCGGUGUGCGCUCGAUACCGCUGCAGCCUCUGUGGUGUGCGUUGCGGCCAUAUGAGUGCGACCUUGACUGGUGAGGUAGUACAUACCACUGGACAUAAUAUCUCUAGCCUCGAAUAAUUAGUCAUGCAUGCAACGAAGUGUUUCUCUUGGGACGUUGCUGCUCUCAGCAUGCGCUGAAUGACCGUCGUGCGCCGCAGGACAAUAUGAUUAUCAUCUAUAGAGGGCC